AUGAUUCAGACCCAAAGUCGAGAAAUAUUUAAUGAAAAAAAAGAAAAACAAAAAAAUAUUGACGCCACCAAGCAGAUCGCAGACGAAACAUCUGCUGCUGCUGCUGCUGCUGCUGCUGAGGAAACAGCAGAAAGCGCAGCUGUUUCUGAGACCAUGGAGCCAGCGGGGGGGGAGGAAAGCAAAGACUGUAUAUCAUCUAUGCGUGCAGCGUUGCAGUGUAUCCCCUCAGCUAAAGUUUUAUCAUCGAUGUCUUCAUCAGAACUAAGCAGUAUGCAUGCAAAGCUGCGAGAGCUGUUGGUUGACGCAGUGAUAGCUGUGGCUCCCCCCGAGAGAGUAGCAGCAGCUGCAUCUGAGGGUUUCUCUCUCCCGCCCCCUGCUGCAGCUCUUGCUGCUUCUCCCUUUCCUUGGUGGAGCAGCGGCCGCGGGCUGCAGCCAUGGAGAGGCAGAAAGCAAGCGUGGGCGCAGCUGAGCCGCCGCGUGAACUGGGCGGCCCCCAGACGCCCGGUGGAGCCUAUGGUUGCUGGGGUGUUGCUGCCGCAGCAAGCAGCAGCAGUUGUUACAGCUGAACGCAAUGCACGCAACAAAGAAAUCUUAGAUUCAAUUCGUUCUUUCUUGUUUCCUGCUGCUGCACAACCACAAACUGCAGCAGCAGCACUGCAGCAGCAGCAGCAGCAGCAGCAGCAAACACCUGAUUAUGCACCACCCGAUGUGCCUUGGUUUAUAGAGGCAGAAGAUGAACGCCUAAAACACCUCUUGCGCUGGGACGGUAGCCGGAGCAGCAGCAGCAACAGCAGCAGCAGCAGCAACAGCAGCAGCAGCAGCAGCAGCAGCAGCAGCGGGGUGCAUGCAAAGAGGAGGUGUGGGGGGGCUGCAUGCAUCUGCAGCAGCAGCAGCAGCUGA